CUGCCCAUGACUCUGACCUAUGAACAGCACAAUGAAUGAGCAAAGCUCAGUGUUAUUUAAUCAUAGGGACAUAAACAGCCGAGGUAGAAAUUUACAUUUUGAAAUUAUUGAAGUAUCCUGUCAAUUGAUAAGCGGGCGUGGUCUUAUCUUUUAUCGAAAUAUAAUUGUUGCUAUGAAAUUACCUAUUUCCGAAAAUAGCCUAUAAUUUCAACAGGUUUGAUAUCGAAACUAUAGAUAUAGGGAAACGUUAGGCUAAUAUUGAAGCGAUUUACCGCAAAUGUUAUCCUUCAUUACCUAAUUUCUUCCGAGUUUAUCAGGAUGGCUAACGCUGGACGCAAACCCUCUGGACAGUCUACUCUAAGGUGAGAUUUGUGUAUCGUUCUCUAGGCUACCCCAGGUAGGUCGGCGCUUGGCCUGAUCCUUUCUUGGUUUAUUGUAAAUGCCCUUUUGCAGGUUACCACUCAUGCUGUAGUCUACCUUUAUUUGAAGAACCAUUUUGUUGAAUACGUCAAUUUUGGAGAUGUCAGGUGAUCAAAUAUUCUUGGUAAUAUACAGGACUGCGCAUGUGGGAUCUCUGCUCUCUGUAACCUGAUGACAGUACACUUAAUUCUUAAAGGCUGAAAGGUGAGAAACGUAUACGCCAAUGGUAAUGUCCCGAAAGAUCAUAUGAGAAGACAUGAUUCCACGUGUCUCAGUAACGAGUGUAUAAUAAUACCUAUGUUAUUACAUGUUAGUUACAUAGGUAGCUUCAGUGUAUAGGUUAGGCUAUAUUGUUAGCUGUUAUACUUGUUUCACACGUUACAAUUUUACAUCCAUUUGACUAGCAAACAAACUCGAAAUCGAUUGUUGCUAAACCUCCUCUUGCCCUAGAAUUAUAAUCUGAAUGCAAUUACCAUUUCAUAGAUAGGGAGGGACUCAUAAAAAACAAACACUUGAGAAGUGGACCAAAGGAUAUCCAAGAUGUGGAUGUGGAUAACUGUCAUUUUCCCUACUAACCUUAGGACUAUUGAUGUACAGUUUACUAAUUUGUGCUGUUGAAUAACAUGCUUCUAUUCAUCACUAUGAACAGACUGUUAUACGAUUUACAUUGGCAACAGUAAUCAAUGUAUCCUUAGAAAUCAUUGUUUUGUAUUUCACUGCCUUGAAAUGUAUACUGUCUCAAGUUACUCUCUCUACUCAGUUCAAAUAAUGACGGCAGCAGUAGAGAUACAUCUAUGCAGAAAAUACCAAGGCAUCAAGCCAGUACUAAAAUUGGGCUAAGUGAAGCUCUCCAGUUCUUGUUCCUGCCGGUGAUGCAGUCUGUAGUGGGCUCUCGGGUUGCAUCCCUGGUGGUUCUAGAGUUCUCCCUCAGAACAAUGUCAGCUGAGUCCAGUAGGUUCCUACAGCAGCUGCUGGUCCAAUGUAGCCUAGUGUUCUCCUUGGGCUGUGCUCUCAGCUGCGGUCUCCAUUUUCUCCACGAGGGGGCGCCACAGCUCCGGCUCUGCCUGCUCCUCGCUGCAGAACUGAGCUGGUUCCUGGGCGCCUACGACUCCAUGUCAUGGCACUGCACAGACUACACAGUCUACUGUGUUACUGUGGAGUUCUGGACUCCACUGACAAUCUGCUACACACUGCUGGUGGUGUAUAUGCAGGGUGAGAGACUGAACAUACAAAAGCUGAUGAUAAUUAUUUUCUACUCUUGGGGGAGGCUCAUGGUCCUGAUGCUGAUUGUCGGCCGCUGGGCAGAUGUGGUCCACAUCAUCCUGUGCUUCCUCGGUGAGGCUAGCUGUCUGAUACCCUCCAGAGACCUAUUGGAUGCUACAACACAGGAUAUGGAGGAAGUUACCAGUUACCACAUUCUCAGAGGAGUAAGAACCAGAGGAGAUGCCUGACACCUGGCAAAGACCACCAGAGUUAGACUAAUUGACAUGGGAAGAAACUGUUUGUGCUGGGACUCUUAGAGCAUCAGUCUUCGAUUAUAUUUUGUAUUAUUAUUGAUUAUCAGUGGUGUAAAGUACUUAAAUAAAAAAUAGUUUAAAGUACUACUUAAGUGUUUUUUGUACU